AUUUAUUUAUUUCUUCGUUGGUAGCAUAGGUAUGAUGAAAUAUGUUUGAAAAAAUGAAAAAAGAACCGAGCCACUGUGGCUUGCCUGCAGCCAUGUGAGCAUGAAAGAGGGGAAAAGAAGACCGAGAGCGCAGGAAUGGAUGCGGGAGGGUGAGCAAAGUGAGAGGCAGCAGAGGGAGGAUGACAGAGAAGGGAGUAGGGUGAGAGGAGAGGAGAGAAGGUGCAGCGAGGAGUGGGGGGACUGUGACGCACACCGAUCGACUCUGCUCGCAGCUGAUUGGCCGCGCUGCCUGCCAGUCAGAGGAGCUGGGUCUCGGGCGCUGCUUGAAGAGCAGAUUAUGAAGCGGAGCGCAACCAGCGGCAGUCUCCUCUUAUUGUCUCAAUGGCUGCACACGCAUUCCUCCUCUGCUCCCUCGCCUUGCUGUCCGCUCUCAGCCGGCCUGGGCUCUCGUUCCACGACGAAGAAGCACAGCCAGGACUUACCUAUGACGAAGUGCCUGAGAUCUUGGACAGGAGCAAAGAGAACCCCAAACAAGCAACAAGAGUCACAUCAAGUCAAGAUGGUGAGUACGGCUUAGAAAGUGAAGAGGUUUAUUUGACGCCCGAAGAUGAAAACCCACUCAGGAGAAUACUGCAGCCUUUUAACUGGCACCAUCCUGGGAUGUCUCACAGUAAGAGGAAGCUGCUCCAGUCUCUGAUGGGGCCUUAUGGCCCGCUGAGUGUGUCUUACAACGGGAAGACUUGCAUUCUGUUUAAGGCAAAGCGACUCGCAAUCCGCUACAGGAACCACACCUUCAUUGAUCUAACUGAAAGGGUCUUUAACCCAAACUCACCUGUGGACACUAAAGGCUCCAUCUGCACCAAAGAGAAAGCUACGCUUUCUUUAAAGUUUGGUGAUGUGGAAGACUUGCGAGGUCUUGUAAUAAGACUACAGAUGUCCAAUACUUUUUAUGAGGCAGCUGGUCAAAACUGGUUCACACUAGACAGCGUCCACAUCCACUACAACUGGACCCAAGAGGCUACAUUCAAUGCCAGCGAGGUCUACGCUCCUGCCACUUCAUCCUACCAUUGCCAGCACGUCAGCAGCCUGCACAAAUAUGACACCCUGCUAGUGCCCAGCUCCCACACUGACACAUCUGCUAAUUGGCACAUCACGUUCACUGAUUUCCAGAUCCAGGCCUUCAAUGUUCAGUCAGACAAGUUUGCAUCGGCCAGUGACUGUGCUACUUUCCUGACACCAGCCAUCCUCAUGGGCUUGGUGACAUCUUUGAUUCUGCUCCUCGUCUUAGCCUAUGCCCUGCAUAUGGUGGUACACCUCAAGCACAUCGACCGCUACGAGGAGCACAAAGCCACAGUCUACUUCCCCCGUAGUCCAGAGGCAGAGUUGCCAGACAAAAACAGUCUGUGAAGGAAAGCGAAGAGCCAGAAGAUGGCGGGGGAGAGAGGGAGAGAAAGCUGAGAAGCAAGGCUGAGGGGAGCACAAGGGACUACAAGAUUGAAAAAGUAUCCUCCACUGAAUAUUUGUUUAACAAAAUGACAACUUUGCCUGUUCAUAUGAAAACCUUCUAAGUCUUAACUGCUUUAAGUAAAUGUAGACCGUGGUGGGAUACUUUUUCUUCUUUCCUCAUCGAUCUGCAUCUUGGCGUCCAUAUUUUGAACGAAGCGUUUGGAUGUUCAAGCCUCUCCCAGAGAUGGCUCAUGACCCUGAUGUCAAAGGUCAAGGUCUGUCCCGGGGCCCUGAAGGGCAACAGUGUAUACAGUUCUUUACCCCAGUCAGCCAUUAAACACCUUAUCAACCUAGCAGCUGUAGCUAAUACAGCUAACAUCAGAUGUAUAAAUGUAUGUACUACAUGGCCGACAAGCUUUUAUGACAAAACUUUGUCUGACAUUGCUGUAGGAAAUUCUUCAAAGAGCCAGUUUUAUAGCAGAGAUAGCCGUAUUAGCUACAUGCUGAAAAGUCUACUUUGGCUAGUGCAGUGUUUCCUAAUAAUGAGGAUUACAGAGAGGCUGGCUUAAGUUGCAGCUUAAAAUAAUCAGAUAUGGCAUGAAGUAGAAGGAGCUUGAAAAGCUUUGGACUGGUAAGCAAAGGGAAAUUUCAGGAACCACUGGUCUAGCAUCGGAGUGACUGGAGUGAAUGUGCCAACACUACUGGCCCUUCAGAGCCUCUGGCAUCUCUCACCCUGCCCCUGAACAAGACUGCUGCUUGGGACUUAACUGUGAAAUGGCCUUUAAACAGACCAGCAAGAUAAGGGGGUUUCUACUAACUAGCACAACAUUGGUUAGUUGCGAAAGCACUAACCAGGAACUCAAAGACUCUACAAGGAACUAUGCUGCACAAGACGGCCCGUCUUAGGGCUUGGCAGGAACGCGGGUCUUGGGAUGAAACGACUCUCGUUGUUUGACCAGGUGAGGCCACGGGUCCUCCAUCUGCACCACUGGAUUUGACUGCCAAAGUGAAGCUACAAAGGAGUUGCCAUAAAUUAUGGUGAGAGACAGAAUAAGACAAUGUGAAAAUAAAAGCUAACCAUUACAGCUAUGUACAAAACAAAAAAGAGACACACAACAUGUACAAAAGUGUCACUUCGCGGAGGUCUUUUUUUUAUAUACAUUGUAAUCAUGAAAUACUAUUAGGUACAGGAUGACUAUGCUAAUCCUCAUAAGCAAAAGGAUAUACAAAGCUGUAGAUACUUUAAGAUCUCUAUACGAUCAUAGCUGUUUACUAUCUUCAAAUACUGCACAAGUAAUAAGCAUAGGUGCAAGUAAGACAUUGUGCUACAAGGAUUGGUGAAAGUAUCAAUGCAUUUGAUUUUUACGACAAAGGAUUAACAUAUUGCAUUGUUUGUCUAUUUGUUUUACGCUGGGCUCGAGGAUAUAAGGUCCAGUUUCAUUAAACUGUAAAUUACAGUGCAAAUUCCUACCAUAGAAGGACAAUGCUAUGGAAUGCCGUCCAUCCAUCAGGACUCAUAGAUGCCAUUAUAAUGCCAGAUGCCACACUAGCAGCAGUAACAGCAUCAGUAAGUCAUUACUUCUGAUAAAAACACUCAGCAUGACAGUAAAUAGAUAUCUUAACAUUCAAUAUGGCAGUUCUGUCAAUCUGUAGCAGUGUGAAAUGUGUUCUUUGGUCAUAAAUGUAUCCUACAAACUAUGAAAAGAUUGGAGGCAGUUUGUCUAAGCACAGACUGAUGUAGAUUGAACAAUAAAAGAUAUU